AUGAACUCGGCCGCGAAAUUCUUCAAUCGCGUCGCCGGCAUUAGCGCUACCGUCGGCAUCGGCAGCUUCUGCCUGCAAGAGUGUAUCUACGAUGUCGACGGGGGCCAUCGCGCCGUGAUCUUUGACCGGAAAGACGGUAUUCUGGACAAGUCCGUGGGCGAAGGCACGCACUUUAAGAUCCCAUUUUUCCAGUACCCGACGAUCUUGGACGUGCGCUCGAACUACCGGCUCAUUAGUUCGCGCACGGGCACGAAAGACCUGCAGAACGUCAACAUCUCGCUGCGUUGCUUGUACCGACCGAAUGCCGAGAAGCUCUCGCACAUUUACGCCGAGUACGGCGCGGACUAUGCGGACCGGAUCUUGCCGUCGGUGGGAAACGAGGUGCUCAAGUCGAUCGUAGCGCAGUAUGAUGCUGUGGAGCUCUUGGCUCGCCGUGACCAAGUGUCGCAGCAGAUUGCGAAGGAGAUGAACGACCGUUGCCGCAACUUUUACCUGCUGCUGGACGACGUGUCGCUCACGCACCUUGAGUACGGCCCAGAGUUCACUCGUGCCGUCGAGUCGAAGCAAGUUGCGCAGCAGGAUGCGGAGCGCCAAAAGUUUGUGGUCAUGCGCUCGGAGCAGGAGCGAAAGGCCACGGUCAUUAAGGCCGAGGGUGAGUCAGAGGCCGCUCGUUUGGUCUCGGACGCUGUUGCCAAGAGCGGCACUGGUUUCAUUGAGGUGCAGCGUAUUGACGCUGCCCGCGAGAUUGCGGAGACGCUUGCCAAGUCGCGCAAUGUCACGUACCUGCCUAACCAAGACGGUGGCAGUGGCGGUGUGCUGCUUGGCCUGCAGUAG